AUGCGAGCUGAAAGCCUCCCAGCCACCCAGCACCGGGGCCUGAGAGCUCUGAGCAAAGAAGGAGGUAGAGGUGAUGGCCGUGGCAGUGGUGAGGUGAGGUUGGUAGAGGUGAGUCUCCAGGCUCAGCUCCAAGCCUCGGAGAGCCAGCUGAGGCUGAGGGGCAGCAGUGACGAGGCUGAGGGCUCUGCUGUGGGGAGAGCAGAGAGUCUGGCCAGAGCCGGAUCUGGGAGCCAGAAGCAAGGAGCCGAAGGAGCCGGGCAGCCUGGAGGAGAGGAGGAGAGAGGAGAACAGCUAGAAGCCCAACUGGGAGCUGAGGGGUCUGCAGGAGAGGCAGCAGAGACCUGCGGAGGCCGCAAGGCCAACAGGAACGCAGAUAUCCCAGGGAAGCAGCAAAUUCCCUGGAGCGCAGAUAUAAGUCUCCGAGCCGGGCAGCUGGGAACCGGGCAGCCUGGAGGAGAGGAGGAGAGAGGAGAACAGCUAGAAGCCAAACUGGGAGCUGAGGGGUCUGCAGGAGACGCCUCCAGGCAGCAGAGACCUCCGGAGGCUGCGACGAACGCAGAUAUCCCAGGGAAGCAGCAAAUUCCCUGGAGCGCAGAUAUAAGUCUCCGAGCCGGGCAGCUGGGAGCCGGGCAGCCUGGAGGAGAGGAGGAGAGAGGAGAACAGCCAGAAGCCAAACUGGGAGCUGAGGGGUCUGCAGGAGACGCCUCCAGGCAGCAGAGACCUCCGGAGGCUGCGACGUAG